GCGACUGGUCGGGUCCUCCGCGUCUUGGCGGCAGUUGGUGGAGCCGGGGCUGCGAGUCCGUCCUCGGAGCUGCCUGCGUGUUUACCUGCGUGUCGCCGGAGCGCUCACUGGCCCACCUCUUCCUGACCCGAAACCCGCCUCGGAUCGGGCGUCCGCCGGAAUCGGCACGCCCCUUCGCGUCUCGGCCCGGCCCCGGUCAGGGCUCCCGUCGCCAUGGCGCCCACCAUCCAGACCCAGGCCCAGCGGGAGGAUGGCCACAGGCCCAAUUCCCACCGGACUCUACCCGAGAGGUCUGGAGUGGUCUGCCGAGUCAAGUACUGCAAUAGCCUCCCCGACAUUCCUUUUGACCCCAAGUUCAUCACCUACCCCUUCGACCAGAACAGAUUCGUCCAGUACAAAGCGACUUCCUUGGAGAAACAGCAUAAACAUGACCUCUUGACUGAGCCAGACCUGGGGGUCACCAUUGACCUCAUCAACCCCGACACCUACCGCAUCGACCCCAACGUACUCCUAGAUCCAGCUGAUGAGAAGCUUUUAGAAGAGGAGAUUCAGGCUCCCACCAGCUCCAAGAGAUCCCAGCAGCACGCGAAGGUGGUGCCGUGGAUGCGGAAGACAGAGUACAUCUCCACCGAGUUCAAUCGUUACGGCAUCUCCAACGAGAAGCCUGAGGUCAAGAUUGGGGUUUCCGUGAAGCAGCAGUUCACCGAGGAAGAAAUAUACAAAGAUAGGGAUAGCCAGAUCACAGCCAUUGAGAAGACUUUUGAGGAUGCCCAAAAAUCGAUCUCCCAGCAUUACAGCAAGCCUCGCGUGACACCGGUGGAGGUCAUGCCUGUCUUCCCAGACUUUAAGAUGUGGAUCAACCCGUGCGCUCAGGUCAUCUUUGAUUCAGACCCAGCCCCCAAGGACACGAGUGGUGCAGCUGCACUGGAGAUGAUGUCUCAGGCCAUGAUCAGGGGCAUGAUGGAUGAGGAAGGGAACCAAUUUGUGGCCUACUUCCUGCCUGUGGAAGAGACCCUGAAGAAACGAAAGCGGGAUCAGGAAGAAGAGAUGGACUAUGCACCAGAUGACGUGUACGACUACAAGAUUGCUCGGGAGUACAACUGGAACGUGAAGAACAAGGCCAGCAAGGGCUAUGAGGAAAACUACUUCUUCAUCUUCCGAGAGGGUGACGGCGUAUACUACAACGAGCUGGAGACCAGGGUCCGCCUGAGUAAGCGCCGGGCCAAGGCUGGGGUUCAGUCCGGUACCAACGCCCUGCUUGUGGUCAAACAUAGGGACAUGAACGAGAAGGAAUUAGAAGCCCAGGAGGCACGAAAGGCCCAGCUGGAGAACCACGAACCCGAGGAAGAGGAGGAAGAGGAGAUGGAGACAGAAGAGAAAGAAGCCGGGGGCUCAGAUGAGGAGCGAGAGAAGGGCAGCAGCAGCGAGAAGGAAGGCAGCGAGGACGAGCGCUCGGGCAGCGAGAGCGAACGGGAGGAGGGCGACCGGGAGGAGGCCAGUGACAAGAGCGGCAGCGGCGAGGACGAGAGCAGCGAAGACGAGGCGCGCGCCGCGCGGGACAAGGAGGAGAUCUUCGGCAGCGACGCGGAUUCGGAGGACGACGCAGAUUCCGAAGAGGAGGACAGAGGACAGGCCCGCGGCAGCGACAACGACUCGGACAGCGGCAGCGAUGGGGGUGGCCGGCGCAGCCGCAGCGCCAGCCCCCUCCCCAGCGGCAGCGAGCACUCGGCCCAGGAGGACGGCAGUGAGGCGGCAGCCUCCGACUCCAGCGAGGCGGACAGCGACAGUGACUGAGGCCCGGGCCUUCCGGGCCGGUGCAGACGCCGUGCGCAGGAGGGCACUUUCUCCAUGGUCCGUUUUCAAGUCAUUUGUUCAUUUCCCUUCCCUCCUCCAAACCUUUGCUGUUAAUAAAGCCA